AUGACGGGAGCUGCGGACAGUUCGCCUCAGUCAGUAAACACUGGCGCAAAGAACUCGCGCACUCCCUCUGUAUGCAAUAUUAGCACCUCCGGUAGUAUCGUGUGUAAUGAGGCAGAAGAAGGCGAAGCAGCAGGGAGCGGAGAUGCAGAGUACUGCGCUGCAAACAGUCAAGGGGAUUCGAUAUGCUCGGAGGGAGCUCAAAAUCCUACAGUGAAUAGCACGGCAACAGAAAGGACUGCCGUGGAAAAGAUUCAUCUUCUACCUAUUUCUGAGGAGGCUCCGAAGUCAUGGGUUUUCGCCACCCUCACAGGCCUCAUGAAGGAGUGCAAGACAGUGCAGCAAUACAUGUACAUCAGGGUGAAACGGCCAACCAAGGAGAACAAGUCACCCCAAAAGGGAAGAAGCCGCGACGAAAGCGAUAAAGCCCUUAGCUUGGAAGCGACCGAUGCAGAGUAUAAUUACAUCGUAGUUGCCUGCCUACCGCACUCCGGUGUAAUAACAUCAUCAACUGUCGUUUUCACUACAGGAGCCCCUUUGAAGCCACUUCGUCGCAUACAGCUUUUGGCUCUUGUGCACCCAAACAGCUCCUAUGCCCGGAAGGCAGGAGUGGCUUCGUACUCAGAGGCACUGCAGCGUGGGUUGGUGGGAGAGGGAAGUGCUGCAAGCCAAAGCCGCAGGAGCAGGCGGGCUGACAGCACUUCCAGUUCCGCUGCCAGCCCUCUCCAGAGGCCAGAAAAUAACAGCAACAGCAUCGAAAACGGAGUCACGACGGGAGAGGCAGGUUAUGGUGCUGCAGAUGCGGAAAUGCAUCACCGUCAAUUGGGUUCCCCCUUCGACUGGGAGGGUACCCACGCCGCUGGCCAGCGACACCGCAGGCGGCCGGCGCCAGUGCGGGAAUUUUCACGAGCAGAAGACGUUAUAGCUGCAGUACUUGAAGACUCUGAUGCUGGGUCAGGGGGAGAGAACGGAGGAGAUGAGGACAGCAUGGGGGGUACACCAUUUCGUCUCAGCGACGCUACUGGGCCCGAAGCUAGUGGAGCUAGGUCCGAUUCUAACGAAGCAGAGCCACCGAUGCAGCAUCAAAGGACUCUCCAGCUAAACUUCAAUUUCUCUUCAUCUUCUUCAACUGACUUUGGGGCAUCACGGAGUGGGACUGAUGGCUCACCAGGAGAUGCCCCGCGCAGUUUAAGCGAAAGAGUGCUCUUCUAUGACUUUGUUGCUCCAUACUUUCGUGCCCGCGGUGCGGGAGCUUCCCUCCCUUCCUCUCCUGCGAACGCAGGGACUGACGGGACCUCAAGGGACACAGCUAUCGUCGUUUUCCCGGGAAAGAAGCUAGUCAUCAGAGACUUGACCUUCGUCGUCUGGGCUACGGACCCUGACAACGGUCCUGGGUUCGUUCGGAAGGAUACGGCCAUGUACAUAUCGGUGGAUCCGUGGGGUGAGUACAGAAGGGUGCACAUUUUGCCUUUUGCCGAUACAUUGCCAACGACAUAUUCUUUUCGCCUCUUCGAAGACUAUUUGCAGCCGUUUCUCAAGGAGCAGCCUUGGCGGCUCAUUCGGAAGGGCGACAUCUUUACCUUCAGGGGCGUUGAGUUCAAGGUCAUAGCGACGGAGCCUUCCACCAUACCCGUUGCCCGUGUUGGCCCAGAAACAGUAGUCCAUUUUGAGGGGUCCCUAAACCCUUCACUUAUUGACAUCUUACCCCCCGAUAUCCUUUCUCGCGUCAGAAGGUUGCCGGCGCGUGUGCAACCCUUCGCCAUAGUUGCUGCGGCACAAUCGCUGGACCCACAGCUACUUCUGAGAGUUUUGCCCUCGGGGAACAUGAGGGGAAAUCCGCGUGGAAUCGAUGAAGGGUUGGAGGCAGCAGUAGAGAGGCAGCUAGUGGGUCCAUUUUGUCUUUCAGCGUACCAGCGCCUCUAUGCACAUUUAUGCACGCGAAAGAAACGACACCCAUCACGCGAGAAAAGGGAGGAAGCUGAAGCCAGUGGCGAGGCUGACACUCCCAGGUGCAGUCAAGAAAUCCCGUCAAGUCGCUCUUCAACAGCGGAGGCGGAGGCUGCUGUUGCAGAAGCUGCCGCUGGCGGAUGGGAGCUCGAGGCUCCGUGCUGCACGGUGUGCACCCUGCAGCUGCAAGACGGAGCCGAGUCAGUGACCCUGACAUGUGGACACGCCUUUCAUUGGGACUGCGCAAGGGCUUGGCUCCGGUGCAGCGCUACGUGUCCGAAUUGCAGGGCAGAAGUAGUUUUACCCUCCGAAGACCAUGGCGAAUGUAGGGGCUCAAAUACCAAUGUUGGUACUGCAGCGUUGGGAUUUGUGAGAAGUGCCUGGGCAGAUUUCUUCAACAGCUGA